UUUGCAUAUAUUGUAAAUGUUCACCCCCAAAAAGCUUAAAAAAAUAUGAAAUGUUAUUGUAUCAACAAAUGGUAAAGAGCAAAGAACUUUGUUAGGGUACAUUGCUUAAUGAUUGAUUACUGUUAAAACCUUUUAUAUGAUGCCAAGUUGUUUGUUGAGGUGAACGUAGUUGAUUUUGUUCCAGGUAUUGUUUGUCAUGAGUGUAGGUGUUCCAGUUUGGGGCUGCAUGUUAACUGUUUAACACGAUAAAAAACGAUACUUCAUCAAAGUAUUGGAAAUAUCUCCUCAGUGUGAGCAUAGGAUCAUAAAAUUAUUAAUUUUAGAAUAUGACCGCAAAACCCAAUGUUAUAUGGAACGCGUCGCCCUCUCGAAUUUUAGGAAUUGAAAGGUACUCAUGUGCCAUGAUGAAUAAUCAUCCUAGUCCAUUUUAAUAUUUCACAAAACGACAUGGCUCAUUUGAUCACAGACAGGGAUAACAUGGUCCUCAUAAAAUAAAAUCGUGCUCCCCUUCACGUAUUGCAGGAGGACAGUCAAUCGAGAGUAAAGGUUGUCUUUGUCGUUCAAGGUCUUACCUUGUAGGUCAAUGCUCCCUGUUUGUUUUGGCCUCUUCCAACCCUGUUAGGUGUGAGCUGUCAGCCAGUGGGGCAAUAAACUGUCAGUCUGAUGACUCUCCCAGUCCUUGGUAGCUUGGUACAGCCUGCGGUAAUGACACAGCCUGAGAGAUAAGGGCCCAGUGCACAUCAUAUACAUAUCCUGGUGGGUCAGUUGCUUUUCAUUGAGAAAAGCUUAUUUAUCUCUUUAGGGCAGGCCGUCAGCCGCCAGGGCGAUCAGGCAGUUGUUUUUUUACAGAGGGAGUAUUGACAGGUCAAGGUUCACUAAGCUGGGCCAUAUAAAGACUCCCAGAGAGAUGUUGCUGCACCAGAACAUUCAGACUCAGUAAGAGCCUGUAUUUGAAGAAAGAGAAGCGGAUUAACCGAAUUAAGAUUUUUAGAUAAAACAUUUUUUUUUACAGACGACCUUGUUUGUUCUCGACAAGCUCGCCAUGGAUAAUGAAUGUCAUUGUUCAGAUUACAGUGAAAGGCAUUCUCAUGCCAUUCUGUUCAACAUCCUCAGCCGCACAGAUGCCAGUGAGUCGAGACGCGACAGUCAGAACAAAACAACACCACACAGAUGCAACUGUGAGACGCGACGGACGGUGUGCUUGAAGAACCCAGACGAAAUUUGCCAAGAGGCUUCGGCGGUGUUGGUGAAGACAGUCCAUUUUAUGAAAAACCUGCCUGCUUUUAACCAGCUUCCACCACACGACCAGCUGUUGCUACUUCAGAGCUGUUGGGCACCUCUAUUCAUAUUGGGUCUGGCCCAAGAAGGUCUGGAUUUUGAAGUCCUCGACAGCCCUGCUGACAGCAUGCUGAAGAGAAUCCUUCUGAACUGUCAGGAAUAUUCUGGAACGGAGAGAGAGCAGCCCACCAUGGUUGGGGUGAGCAAACUGAAGUCUUGCCUCAAAAAGUUCUGGAGUUUGGAUUUAAGUCCCAAGGAGUAUGCAUACCUGAAGGGAACCAUCAUUUUCAAUCCUGAUGUUCCAAAUUUAGAGGCAGCUGUGUUCGUUGAGGGCUUACAGCAAGAGGCGCAGCACGCGCUGAGCGAGGUGGUCCAGCCUCUUCAUCCUGGAGACUGCGGGCGCUUCGCUCGCAUCCUGCUGACCGCCUCCACGCUCAAAACCAUCACGCCCAACCUCAUCACUGAGCUGUUCUUCCGGCCUGUCAUUGGUCAGGCUGACCUUCUUGAAUUGCUGGUGGACAUGCUCUUCUGCAGGUAGUCCAGAAAUGUACCUGGACUAUUGGGCAAAAGUCCUACUUUUAUUCUGAAAGUACUAUCUGACUGUCAAGAGACAUUUCCCUGUGAGAUGAAGGAAUGACAAAUAAGCACUUAUUAUGGAUAGAAAAACUAUAAAUGGGUGCCUAUGAGUGUGAGGUGUGACAGUCAUCUUUCUUUGGCACAUCGUGAAGACAUUAUAAAUAGUUUGCUAUUGUUUACAUACAACUCUAAAUUAGCAAUUUUUUACUUAUUCAAUUUGAGGUCACGCUAUGUCUGUCAUUGUUUUGCUAUUUCCUGUGGUUGAUAGUAUAAAACAUGUCUCGAUAUUCUGUUGGCGUGUUGUGAAGAGUUGAGUCUAAGAACACACUUGUUUGUGUCACUUUGAAUUCAUACUGUAAUGUUUUCUAUUUCUAAUUUUUUCUAUUUCUGGUAAUGCUCUCAGAUUAGGUGAAUAAAUAUAUUUUUCUACAAUAACUGCAAACCUGCCUCUCUCGUGAUGUGAAUAUGAAUUGUGUAACAAACACUUAGAAGAUAUCCUAUGAAACACAAUAUCAUGAAGAAAAGAAAACUACUUUAAAAAUUCACUCAGAGGACAAACAAGGGAUCAUUCUUUAAAUCUAACCUCAAGGUACUUCGAUCACUUCAUCCAAAUCAAUACACAAUGUUUCCCCCAGAUAAAAGACAAUGUCACAAUUGCACUUUCUAUACUUAUGAUUUAGGCCUACUUAAUAGUACAGUAGUCAUUUAGCUAAAGAUGUACUUCUAAUUCAUCUAAUUAAGUACAAAGUUGAUCUUCCCACCCCUAAC